AUAACAGGUUUUAAUCGCUCCAAGCAGUGCUUCAAAGGAGAAGACUCAGAUCACAUCCGACAGCUUGAGGAAGAAGUACAACUUCUUAAGAAUCUUUCACAUCCAAACAUUGUUAGAUACUUGGGUACUGUAAGAGAGAGUGGUUCGUUGAAUAUUUUGAUGGAGUUUGUUCGUGGUGGAUCAAUAUCAUCUAUGUUGGAUUUUGAUCUUUUCCUGAGCCAGUGAUAAUAAUGUACAAAAAGCAGCUGUUGUUGGGUUUGGAGUAUCUUCACAACAAUGGGAUUAUGCAUAGAGAUAUUAAGAAAUGUCUCAGUAAGAGGAUGGUAGUGGUGAGAUCUAAAAAUAUGAGAGCUGCGGAGGUGAAAGUCCUUUACCAAUCUCUUGUUUAGCCAAGAAGAUAACCCAACACCUCUGAGUCCUUCACAGCCUCCUUUUUCUGAAUCCCAAACACCCACAGCCUUAGCUAGGGAACCUAGAGUGAGAUGGAGUGUUCCUGAAGAGAAGGCACUUGCAAGUGCCUGGCUCAACACAUCCAAAGACUCUGUUGUGGGGAAUGAGCAGAGAUCAGCUGCCUUUUGGGCUAGGGUUGCAGCAUAUUAUGCUGCAUGUCCUUCUGUCUCUAAGCUCACUAUCCGAGAGGCAAAUACUUGUAAGCAGAAAUGGCAAAAAAUGAGUGAGCUUGUCGUGAAGUUUGCAGGCUGUUAUGAGUUUGCCUCUCGGACUCCUCGCAGUGGAGAGACUGAAGAUGACAUUCUUGUGCUGGCCUACAAGCUUUACCAUCAGGAUCAAAAAACCAAAUUCAGUCUUGAGCAUGUUUGGAGAAUCCUCAAGACUGAUCAGAAGUGGUGCAAUUGGUGUGAGACCAAACUUCCUGCCAAGAAGAAAGCUAAACUUUCAUCUGUAGAAGAAGAGAGUCUCCAAAGGCCUAUAGGUGUGAAGGCAGCCAAGGCUUUAGCCAAGUCUAAAGGUAAGGGAAAGAGUGAUGGAGGAGCUGACGCUGGUUCUGCUGCUGAACUUCAGCUUUUGUGGGAAGUGAAAGAGAAGGAUUUGGCUUUCAAAGAGAGACUCUCCAAGCAGAAGCUACUUGACAGCCUUCUUGGAAGGUCUGAUGGAUUGAGUGAGAUGGAAAUUGAACUUAAGAACACUCUUAUCAAAGAGUAUCUUUCUGGAAGCAAUGUGUUUGUUUCUGAGAAUGAAUAUUCUGGUCUUUAGGACCUCCUCUUGGAAGCUAGUGAUGUCGGCAAGGAAUGGAUUGAGUGGUUCUGUUGCUUUAAUGUCAUCUUCUAUGACUUUUUUUAUUCGGAUAGACCAUAUGCCAUCAGAAGCUAGUUGUGUUUUGUAUUUUAGUAGUAAAAUGUAUGGUCGGCAAUGUAUUGUUAUUUUCUAUGGUCAGAGCUAGUUGUGUUUUGUAUUUUAGUAGUAAAAUGUAUGGUCGGCAAUAUAUUGGUCAAAAGCUACUUGUUUUUAGUGUAUGUGUAUUAUUGUGUUCUCAUAUUUCUCAAUGUAUUAUAUAUAUAAGUUGUUGUGUUCUCAUAUUUCUCAAAACAAUUCUUCUCCAAAACAAUCUUCCUCUCUCAUAUUUCUCAAUACAAUUCUUCUAAAACAAGUCUUUGUUUCUUUCUCUAAAAACAAGUCUUUGCUUCCUUUAAUUUUCUAAAAACAAGUCUUUUUUAUUUGUUUUCCUUCUCAAGUCACACAUCUCUUUUAAUUGUGAACUUCCCUAAACACAAAAUUUCUUUUUAUUUCUUGUACGUUUUGCUUCUUAAAUAAUAAUGGCAUCACAUUCUAAUGAUGAUGACACUUUGGAGGAGAGGUUUGAAACAUGUUUUGAAGAUGGUUUAGAGAAUUUCAGUAGACGUGUAGCGGGGAAAAAAAAGAAAAAAAGGGCUGCUAAUAUAGAGAGAGAUCACGAAGAAGGAAAUAUUCGAUUAUGGAACGAUUACUUUUCGGAUGACCCCGUUUACCAUGAUCGCAUGUUCCGACGACGAUUUCGUAUGACGAAGCCGUUGUUCCUUCGUAUUGUUCAAAGUCUUUCUCAAUUUCCAUAUUUCCAACAAAGGGACGAUGCUACUGGGAAGCAAGGACUAUCUGCCAUACAGAAAUGUACUGCUGCAAUUAGGCGUUUGGCAUAUGGUCUUGCAAACGAUGCGAUGGACGAAUACCUCCGCAUGGGCGCAACCACUGUGAGCCAAGCACUAGAGAAUUUUGUAGAUGGCAUAAUAAAUUUAUUCCAAGACGAAUAUUUGAGGCGGCCUACACGUGAGGAUCUAGAACGGUUACUUCAUUCUGGAAAGGAACGCGGAUUUCCGGGAAUGGUAGGAAGCAUUGACUGUAUGCAUUGGGAGUGGAAGAAUUGUCCUACGGCUUGGAAAGGACAGUAUUCACGCGGACAUGGAAAACCCACUAUUGUUUUAGAGGCCGUGGCAUCACAAGAUUUAUGGAUUUGGCAUGCUUUUUUUGGGGCUCCAGGUACGUGUAAUGAUAUAAAUGUUCUUGACCGCUCACCGGUGUUUGAUGAUAUAUUAGAAGGUCGAGCUCCACGACUCACGUACGAAGUCAAUGGACAUCAAUACAAAAUGGGUUAUUACCUCACAGAUGGUAUAUAUCCAAAGUGGGCAACAUUCAUCCAAUCAAUUACCCGCCCACAAGGACCGAAAGCAUCAUUAUUUGCUAGUUGUCAAGAAGCAGUGAGAAAAGAUGUCGAGCGUGCUUUUGGAGUCUUGCAGGCUCGGUUUGCUAUUAUUCGAAACCCAGGUCUGUUUUGGGAUAAAGAGCGAAUGGGCAAGAUAAUGAGAGCAUGUAUCAUAUUGCACAAUAUGAUUGUAGAAGAUGAACGAGACGAAGAUACUCAGUUCGAUUUAUCUGAUUUCGUAGAAGGCGAAGGAAGCGGGACUUCUCAAGUAGAUAACUCUUUUUCUACAGAGACAGCUACAAAUGUGAACAAUUUGAUGGCCAAUCGAGCUCAAAUACGUCAUGAACAAACACAUCGACAAUUGAAAGAAGAUUUGAUUGAACAUAUUUGGCAAAAAUGGGGCCAAGGUAAUUGAUUACAACCGACUAAAUUAUUUUUUUCAUCAUGUUUUUUCAGUUUUUUUUGAAUUUUAUGUUUUA